AUUGUGGCAGGAUGGGAUUGUGGCAGGAUGAGAUUGUGGCAGUAUCAGAUUGUGGCAGGAUGAGAUUCUGGCAGGACGGUAUUGUGGCAGGACGGGAUUGUGGCAGGAUGAGAUUGUGGCAGGACGGGAUUGUGAUAGGAUGGGAUUGUGGCAGGUCGGGAUUGUGGCAGGACGGGAUUGUGGCAGGGUGGGAUUGUGGCAGGGUGGGAUU